AGUUCCACAGAAAUUCGCGUCUCCUCGGGACCCCAACACUCUCUCCAAGGCGGGAACGCUGCGAAAAUCUCUCUCCAAAUCGAUUUCUAGGGUUUUUCUUUAUCUUUUUCUAUCUCAGAAACCAGACGCUCGGACAACCCUAGUAUCUCACCGUUCCUUUGGUCAUUUCUCUUCCCUUCUUCUCCUGAUGGUGGUUUCGCUGUAAUUUCCAAGUCCUUUUAGGGCAAUUUCCAUGUUCUUCUUCUUCCACGAAAAAAUUCAGAUUUCUCUGGUUCCUGUUCUCUUCUUUUCUUUUAAUGGAAUGGCAGGUUUCUGUAAAUAGGAACAACCCCAAGGGCAUUUGAGUCAAUUACAUGGGCGCCCUAACUCAAAACCGCAAGCGUCUCAGGUUGAGUUCGGCUUCCCCCCCACUUUACUCUCUCGAUCCCGAACACAUCGUUGAUCUUGAACCCUUGAAAAAGGCCCGAAUUACAACAAUGCCACCCGUUCCCGACCUCCCCUUUCCGCCAUUAGGGACGCCCGAAAUCUCCGUCUCCAAGAUCCACAGGUUCCCCCCUCCUUCGCCUCUGUCUCGGCCAAUCCAUGCUCCCCAGAGAAUUUUGAAGGUUUUUGGGUAUUCAGUUAGAAAAUCUCGGGCAGAAGAGAAGGACGAAGAACGGGCAAGCGAGAUGGGGAAUCUUUCGACCACAGCGGAACGUUCGUUACGGGUGAAAGUCGCAAAGGAAGAAGCUUUGAGUUUCUUGGGAAAGCUUGAGACUGUUGAAUUAUCGGAUAACAAGUCUUCAAUGGAUGUGGAUGUUGAAGUGUUGAGUGUGGAAGAGUACAAGAGAUUGGUUGAAGGUCAUUCAGUGGUUUCCGACCAGGCGAGCGAGCCAAAGACCCCAGCAGCGUCCGGUUUGACCGUAUUGAUCUCUGAUUCUGAUGAUGAGGGGAAAAUGGUAGACUCUCCAUUGGCAGACUAUGGAGUGGAAGUGAAGAAUUCGCUGUAUAGAGAAUUGCAUGCCUCUUCAAAGAGGCGGGAUUCGAAGCUAAGGAUGUUGGAUUUCGAAUUGAGAUUAGCCCAGAGGAAGAUGUCGGUCCUCAAAUUCAUGCGUUGGGCAGAGGAUGAAAAGGAGGGUGUAGCUCGUGAACCUUUUGUUCCACUUACCCAGGAGGAAGAGGACCUUGUCACUUGUGCUUUGAGUGGCUUCAAUAGGAGGGAACUCUUAGUUACACAUGAGAGUUCUAAUAUUAUGAUUACAAGAAAGGACUUGCAAUGCUUGACACCAACUGCCUGGUUGAAUGACGAGGUCAUAAACGUGUACCUUGAGUUAUUAAAGGAGAGGGAGACAAGAGACCCGAAGAAGUUCUUGAAAUGCCACUUCUUCAGCACUUUCUUCUAUCAAAAGCUGAGUUGCGAGGGAAGUGGCUACAACUACAAGGCUGUCAAAAGAUGGACUACCCAAAAGAAGCUAGGCUAUGGCCUUAUCGAGUGUGACAAAAUAUUUGUUCCCAUACACGGGAGCAUACAUUGGUGUUUGGCAGUUAUUAAUGUAAAGGAUGAAAAAUUCCAAUACCUUGAUUCACUUAAAGGCAGAAAUAACCAAGUUCUGAAAGUAUUGGCUAGAUAUUUCGUGGAUGAAGUAAAGGACAAGAGUGGUAACGAUGUCAACGUAAGUUCAUGGAAGCAAGAAUUUGUUGACGAUCUUCCUGAACAGCUGAAUGGGUGCGUCUGCUUGUUCCUGAUUACUUGCGCCUUUUCUUUUAUAUUUCAUGGGUAUGACUGUGGAAUGUUCAUGAUCAAGUAUGUGGACUUCUACAGCAGAGGUUUGGAUCUGUGUUUCGGUCAGGAACACAUGCCAUAUUUCAGGAGGAGAACAGCCAAGGAGAUUCUGAUGUUGAAAGCUGAGUGAACCAUGAGAUGAGUCUCUUCAUGGGUUCCAUUUUCAAUCACAAUGGGCAUGCAGAGCCGUGGGUGAAUGUGGAUACAAUAAAGGCAGACUGUCUCAGAGAUCUCUUUAAUAGGGCAAUACGAGCCAUGAUGAGAGAUGACUCCAUAGAGGUGUCCUUGUGUGUGGGGCCCUUGGGCAGCGAUGGUUACUUGGGUUCCUGUGUAAAGUGUGGACAAUUAUCGAAUAUAUACACCACCUAUGAAGAGCUCUCGUCCAAGUAGACUGAACCGUGCCAGUCAUCAUGCACAUUGAAUGUGAGGUCACUCAUAAUAACAUAGGUGUGCUUGCGAGAUGCAGAGGGUCAUUUACAUCAUGUAUCAGUAUGAAGAGCUCAGAUUUGGCAGAGGUGAGUGAAUUUUGAGGUGUUUUUGGCAGUGUAAUUUUUGUCUUCUACUUUGGCAGGAUUAUUAUCAGUGAUUGUUUUUGGCAUCUUUUCUUUUAAAAGGAAAGAAGAGACUUGUCGUUGGUA